AUGGAUUAACUAAAAUUAGAUUUUUCUUUAAAUAAUUCAAGGCUUUGUCCAGUUCACAAAAAAAUAUAAGUAUAUCUAAAUGUUGACACUAAAUAGUAGAACACUGACCCUAUUUUCAAGUGUGUAUCAUGCGUGUCAAAAGAAUUGCACUAACAAAAAAACUAAAUUAAGGUAACUCCUCUAGAUGAUAUUUUAAAUGAUGAAGAAAUUUAAUUGGAUAACUGGCUGAUUGAUGUAGAUUUUGGCAAAUUUCAUAAGCUGUUUAUUCAAGAGCAAUUAAACAUCUAAUAAGAAUUGGAUAAGUUUUUCAAAAACUUCAGAUCUUCUAUAAUUAACAAGCUAGACAUUUUUGAAGAAAGUGUGAGAAAGAGAUACGAAGAAUUAGAGUUCAAUAAAACAAAGAUUAUCCAAUAUAUUAAAGAUAGCUCAAUGAAAGAAUAAGUUAGAAGUAUUUUAAAAUAAAGCUAAAAUUUAGAGCAACAAACUAAAUCUUAUAAAGAACUGAUAAAACAUUUAGAAAAGAAUGAAAAAGAUAUCUAAGAUAAUUACCAUUAAUUACAAUAAAACUUUAAUUUUUACGCUGAAUAUCUAUGCAUAGAAAAUAUAUCUAAAUUUCAAAUAUAAUUAGAAAGCGUUCUAAAUAAUAUAUCUUAAAUAGCAAACUACUAAAUAGUUGAUAUGCUUAAAAUUUAAGAUCAAAAAGUACUUCCAAUAGAAAAUGAUGAAGGAUUUAAUGAUUAAAUUUAUCAUGGACAAAUUUCUAAUGUGUGCUCAUUGUAUGAAAUUAAUUGCAAUUAAAUCACUUAAUACGUAAAGCUAACCUUAUAAGACUAAUAACUAGUACAUAAUUAUGACUUGUAAAAAUACGAAAAAAAAUAUCUUACUUAUCUUCUAUUCCCAGAUUAAAUAUUUUGA